CUGGUAACAGCCAGAGCUGUGUCUGUGUCACUGCGGUGACACGACGUGAUGUUAAGCGGAAUGCAGUGUUCCGCGUCGUUGAUACAGAUGAUUCCUUACAGACAGUGCCGACACAGAGGGAGAAGGACAGCACCUCCAGUCUCGCUUCUUCCCUCUCCUGCGCAUGGAACAUGCCCGCAUGAUGUCACCGUACCAGGACAGUAAUGAUCGGUGUGGGCUUAUUGAAGGCGAGCAGAGGAGGACGCUAGCCGGCGAGCGACGUGCUGCUGCUCAUGUAUAGCCCACACUUCUGGGGGGCUUAAGUGGAAACCGGUUCUGCUCUCACGCCCGCCUAUCUGAUCAUGCUGUGAGGACAGGACCCAGCAAUGACUGAUGUCGAACCUGUCGUGACGGACUUCGCAGCCACAGGAAGAGCUGGCCGCAGGAACGCCCUGCCUGACAUCCUGGGGUCUCCUGCUGGAACGGCCACAGCCGACCUUCCUGACAAGCUGUCGGAGCUCUCUGUCAGCGGUAAAUAUGAAGCUGCCUCCAGCAGGGAAACAAAACUCGCACAGACCGCGUUCUGUUCUCAAAUGCUCUGUAUACAGUGCAGGAUUCAUCGCAGAAAGGCUGCCUCGCCAGCCAAUGAGGGCGGCCACAUUUCCUCCGGGCUCCGACUCCGCCCCCGUCCCUGGGUAUUAAUGCUAGAGAAUGAGUCAAACGUGUACGAGGACCUGUGGGAAGAUACAGUGUCUCUGUGCAGCGCAUAA